AUGUUCAUCAACAUCAUCAAUCCCAUUUCAUGUCUUCUUUGUGACCACAUGUUUUUCCUACACUAACUAACUAGCUCAAGCAAGCCUCAAACCACCCAUAACCAUUUCCCAUCUUCAUCUUGAGAAAACUUAGCACAAACUUCAUGAUUCAAAUGUUCCACCCUCCCUUUCGCUUUCUCACAUUCCCAUGCACAAAACCACCUCAAUUAAAUAUUCACCUCCUCCUUUCCCUUCCCGCUCCAACCAUCCUUUGCUCAUCACUCAACGAUGGUUCCUUUUCCAUCCCAAAAUCAACCCAGUUUGGUUAUAGUCCUCCAGAGGAUCUCUUUGGACUUGAGAUGGAAUUCAAACCAAGGAAAGCGAACUCGCAUACAAGAGAACCAAGGUCAUGGUUUGGACCAAAUGGACAAUAUAUCAGAGAGCUACCUUGUCCGAGUUGUCGAGGAAGGGGUUAUACUCCUUGUACAGAAUGUGGAAUUGAAAGAUCUAGAUCAGACUGUCCAAAAUGUAAUGGAAAGGGUUUAUUGACUUGCCACCAGUGCUCUGGAGAUUGUGUUAUAUGGGAAGAAUCUAUCGAUGAACGACCAUGGGAGAGAGCUCAAUCAAUAUCGCCACUCAAAGUGAAGGAAGACGAUGAAGUUGACAAAUUGGACAUAAAGCUAGAUGCAAAGAAAAAAUCCAAACGUGUUUACAAGUCACCGUCUCCUGAAGUUGGAUUGAAGAUUAGCCGUUCUUUAAAAAGUCUCAAUGCCAAAACUGGUCUAUUUAGCAAACGAAUGAAGAUCAUCCACCAGGAUCCAGUUCUCGAGGCUCAAAGAGUGGAUGCUAUUAAGAAAGCCAAGAGAACUGUUUUAGCUAGAAAGCAUGCUUCCAAAACUAUGAAAGCAUUCUUCAGCGAUCCAAUAAACCGUCAGAAAAGGAGCAUCGCCAUGAAAGGAGUGAAAUUCUACUGUCAAAGCUGUGGACGCGAAGGACAUAGGAGACACUACUGUCCGGAACUCAAGGAUGGUUUGAUUGAACGGCGAUUCACUUGCAGGCUAUGCGGCGAGAAAGGCCACAACAGAAGAACGUGCGAUAAGUUAAGGAUAAGCCAUAGUGAUGGGAAAGUUAUAAAACAUCACCGAUGUAAAAUAUGUCGACAAUAUGGCCAUAACAGAAGGACAUGUCCACAAGUUGUUUCGAAUAAAAGAAUAGACAAGGCAUCUCAAAGAGUAUAUAUUUGUCGAUUGUGUCAGGAAGAAGGACACAAUAUUAGGACAUGUCCUAGAAGAAUAGUUGAUACUGAACAUUCUCAAGAGUAAUAAUCCUACUUUUGAGAUACUAAGUGUUUGAACCUAAAUCUCAUUGAGGAAAUUUGAAAAGCUUUGUACAUUUUGCUCCCUCUUGUAAUUGCAACAUGACCUAUAAAGUCCUUGAUGUAAUAUUUUUUACUAUUCUCAUUUUCUAAUAUUACUUAACAUUGUUGAAGUCCACGAAUUUUUUGUUCUUCACAAUUCAUGAAGAUUCCAGUUUAUACAAUUCUUAAUCUUUUGUUUCUGAUUUUGUGGUGGAAGGUAUGGUUUCAGAUUUUUCAGAUCCUUCUUCUUCGAUUGAAGGGCAAAAAUUAUAUUGAUUCUAGAAGCAGAUUUUUCCACGUCAGUGACAGAGGAAAGAGUUGAAUAUUAUAGAUCGGUUUUGUUUUUUUAGUUUGAAGAGGACUUAUCUAGAUAUCAAUUUGGAAUUUCUUUAUGGAAAAUUUCUAAUGUGCAUGUUGAAGCUAUUGGUUCCCUGCAUCUC